AUGAGCUUUGAAACUCCACUUUGUGAGGAGCUUUAUCAAGUACUUCUCUACAAGCCUGAGGUUUCCGACUAUCGACUGACAUUUGUACCCGGCAAGGCGGACGGGAAUCACCAUUUCCUAAUUCAUGAGGAGGAAGGCCAAGUAGAAGCAAUAUGUUUUAAAUACACUCUACUGGCUGUGUUCGAGGAAAGUCACAGAAUUUUGGCUCAAAUCCAAAAUGGAAACUUCAACAACAGAAGCCAGAGUGAUGUGUAUAUUUCUACCCUAGGAUUCUUCCUUGCUACUCCAGAAAAUAGGUCGGCUUUAAAUUUACAUGAGAAAGCAUUUUAUGAGCUUCUCAGGCGCUCUAAUGAUUUUGAAUCUUUGAAGCUUUUGAAGCAAGAGCUGGCAAUCGUUGAGCGACUUCUAACUUCGACCAACAAUCGAUUAAACAAGUCUUCCUCGCUAUGGUGCCUCUAUCGAAAAUUAUCAGUUAUCUCAAAGGUCUUGAAUUUCGAGAAUCCUAACCUUAUCUCGGUAUUCAUCCACUCAGGGAAUAGACACAUUUCAAACUACUAUUGCUGGAAUAGUGUAAGGUGGUUUUUUGACGUGGUUUCAUUGACAGAAAAAGAUAGGCUAUUCGAGGCAACUCAAAUGUUCUGUUUCAAGAAUAUCAAGGAUGCUUCUUCAUGGAGCACAUUCUCCUACAUGGUAUGUCAGCAAAGUAGGAAGUCCUGCUUCAAUUUGACUGACUGUGAACGUCUUGGAAAGCAUAUAGGUCUAAAAGAGAGCCAUGUCGGUAACCCGGGUUGGCUGGUGCUGAAUGUGGAGACAGUAGCUAAGAGAAUACUAAAUCUCAUCGAUACCGCUUCUGCAGCUGACUGGCCUCCGUAUCACUGCUUACUAGCCAUCUACAACGAGUUCCCCAAAGCCGUUACUCCGGUAAUCCCCCCAAGCUGGAGUGAAGAUAUAAUAAUCUUUGAAAAGAAACACAAGGCAAUCUGUUUGCUGCGGAACAAUCCUUUGAUUCCGAAAGAGUUCGCUGACGAUCUACUGAUAUCGAGCAAUUUUAGACAUUUGGGCUACAAAAAGCUUCUAAUACAGAAGCUCCACAAGUUAAAUCAAAAUAACAUCACUUUGACGUCCUGA